AGAGCCAAACCUGAAUGAAGUGCUGGAGUGUUUAGGCCCCGCCCACCGGAACUACCUGCGGGUCGGCGGCGUUUAGACACUUUAAUUUUACAGUCGGCUUCACUUGAUGGCAUUUGGGUUUGUCAUCCAACCAUGGAGGUUUGCCGGUUAUUGGUUUCGGUGGGAUGUUUUGCAUAUUUCAUCCCAUUGACAGCGACGUACCGCCUGCCUGGUUUGAUGGUCCGAAGGGCAAGACAGUCUGGCUCCUGUGGAGAGAACGAGUACCCGAACGGCAACAUUUGCUGUUUGAACUGUGAAUCCGGCACAUCCCUGAAAUCAGCUUGCACCACCUCAGGACAGAAGGGGACAUGUGAGGAGUGCGCCUUAGGGACGUUCACCGAGCACGACAACCACUUAACAAAGUGUGUUGACUGUGCAAAGUGUGGUCCAGACCAGGAAGUGGCUGAACCGUGCACCAACACCCAGAACACUAAAUGUCGAUGCAAAGCAGGAAGGUUUUGUAAUCCUGACGAGGCAUGUGAAGUCUGCAGGAAGUGUUUGACGUGUAAAAGUGACGAGAGGACGGUGAGGAACUGCACCUCCACCAGCGACACGGUGUGCAAGAAAAUCCACCCCAAGACUGAAACCUCCUCAGAUGCUACAGUUAUUGCCUCCAUCGUGGUAGUCGCUGUGGUACUUUUGGUUGCUGGAGUAAUAUUUGCCAUAUACAAGAAGAAAUAUGGAUGUAGAGGCCCUUCCGGAGCCUCUCCCAAAGUGCCACAAACGGAUUACGGCAGAAAUGGCAGCAUUCCUCUGAUCUCAGUCUCGUUACAGGAAGAAGAGGAACUCCCAACACUCAUUCCUGUGAACGGAGAACAAUCGUUACGCAGUUGUUUCGAGUUUUUUGAAGAAUUAGAUGUAGAUUUUCACAAGAAGUUCUUCCGGCGCCUUGAAUUUACGGACAACGCCAUCAAAAGCAAGGAAGGCCUUCCCUAUGACGACAGGAUCCACGAGCUCCUGAACUCCUGGGUGGAGCGAGAAGGCAAAAAGGCGAGUCUGAACGAACUGCUAAGAGUGUUGGUCGACCUAAACCAGAGGAGAACGGCUGAGAAGAUCAUGAAGAAGGUUCUGGACAAUGGUCAAUACUACACAGAGUCCAAAGAUAUACUUUAAGGAUGAAGCCAAAGCAUCUUCAUUUGUAGCCUGACUGGUACAACCUUACUGAAAGUAUUACUAUGGCUCUCAAUGUUUAUUCUCAAUCUUCAGUCAGGGAUCAUUCGGCUCUGACUGCUCUGUUAUUACAUUGUAAGUUGAUAGGAGUUGUAUUUUUGUUUUGUUGUGUUUCCUGGCACCAGUCAAAAGCAGUUUAUCAUCUGUGAUAUGUUGCUGAAUGAAUCAUUUUUUGGAGGUAAAACAGGAAUAACCUGACAGUCACGCUGAGAGUGGCCUUCCUCGGUGUGGUUGAAACAAGUUUUGGUGGUUAAUGUGAGCGACUGCGGCCACAGAAAAGUCCCAUCACAGACGUUAAACUUCAUCAAAUGUUUAUAGUGGUGGCAGGUUUAGCUGUUUUUGGCUUUUGGGAGGUUUUGUUAAAGAACAGAUUAGACACACUUUGUAGAAGGAAUUUGAGGGCGGCUUGCUACACUGUCCAAAAACCAAAACGGCAUUCAGGGUGAUUUACUUCUCAGUUUUAUAAAACUGUCACUGAAAUCUCAGGAAAUUGUUGCUGUUCCUUUUUUUUUUAUCCUUUUCUCUCAACUGUUGCUUAUUGUAUUAACACAAACCUUUACACAGAAUGCUCUGAUGCUAGAUAGGCGUUUUACUAAACUAGAAGCUACUAUUUUGAACAUCCAUCUGGUUAAAAGUGCUGUUAAGCUGCCUCUCACUGUCGGCACGUUUCAGACAAACCUCCUGCUUUCCCGUUUAAUCCGUUAAAUAAUAAGACGUAACACCCAUCACCUCAGAAUCCAACAGACAGCUCACUUAUCACCGUAUUUUUUAUUUAAAAACAGUGUAUUUUUAUAUGAUAUUUAUGAGAUCACUUUUUUUGCUUCUUGCUCAGAUGACAGAAAUGUGAAAGCCAAAUCCUAAAGGGACCGGUGUGAAUAUUUAUUCAAAUGUUUUGAUGCAAACAACUGCAGUUCUUUAAAUGUACCCAUAGUGUUGCACUACCUUUUGAAAAGUGAACAGAGUUACAUUUUCAAACUCCUUUCAUAAUCUGUAUUGAGCACAAUUUUCAUUUUGGUACUGAAGUUGAAAUCUGACAUUUUUUCUGUUCAAGUUCUCAACUUGACUCGAGAAAUUGCUUUUUUAAUGCAUUCAUUUUCUUUUUGUAAGAAUGCUUGGAGUAAUGUGUAUUUUGUGUUGCAUUACAGCAUUAAAAUUUGAAACUUUCAAAAAAAAAGUGAAAAA